ACCAGCCACGUGGGAAAUACCCAAUACGAUAAAUGAUUCAAUGCGAAGCUUUCUAUUCUACAAGGAGAAAGGUAGAGCUACAGUAUACAGCGAUCAAUUUCUGCCACAGAUGUAUGAAGUGGUCCCAUACCAUAGCCACUAUGUAACAAACGCUUGCUUUCAUUUCCUAACAUGGAUCUAGAUACAACAUAAGUUGGGAUGGCGAUGGGGUGUGUCACGAUCCCUGACACAAAAGUUUCUCACAAAGGAUAUGAAAUGUUUAAAAGGGGUAGAUUAAACAAUGGGAGUAUUGUUUUGAUAUUAUAUGUGUUUAUCAUCAAUUUUUGUAUUGAUAUUUGUGUUUGUGAUUCAAUUCGUAUUGGAUAUAUGACCGGAUCCCAACAAUCAACGGAAAACAAUAGCAAAAUAUAUAAGAGACCCGGGCAAGCCAUUUCUGGUGCCCUUACAUACGCAAUAGCAGAGAUUAAUAAUGAUCCUUACAUUUUACCAAAUCAUUCCCUCGAUUUUAUUAUUGCCGAAACAUAUGGCAAAGAAAGUGAAAGUAUUAAAGAAACGGUUUUAUUAUUACAUAAAAAUAUAAGUGUGUAUAUAGGACCACAGGAAACAUGUAUCCACGAAGGACGAAUAGCUGCUUCUUUUAACCUUCCUAUGAUAUCUUAUUUUUGCUCCGAGAAUGAAGUAAGUGAUAAAGAGUUAUAUCCAACUUUCGCCAGAACCAAACCAACUGUUUCUCAAAUAUCUAAAAGUGUGGUGUCCAUACUGAGGUUAUUUAACUGGAAGAAAGUAACAUUUAUUCACAGCAAUAUUGAUGAAUUUGAACAUACAGCUGAUACCAUAUGCGAUCAAUUAGAAUCAUAUGGCAUAACAGUGAGGUUUAGAAAAGUUUACCAAGGUCCAUACUUUCAUACACAUUCCGAAAAUCCGUUCAUUAAAAUCGUCAGUGAAACAAAGCUUGAUACUAGAAUUUAUGUAAUGCUAGGGGCGUAUUAUGAAUUUAUUGGGUUAAUGGAUCAUUUACAAGAUACGGGUCUUCUAGAUGCUGGAGAGUAUUUUGUUGUUGGAGUCCAUGUUGGUGUUUAUGACCUUAAUAAACCACAGAAUUUCUUACAAGGUAUAUUUCAAAAUAAUGUUACACGAAGAGCAGCAGCUGCCUUCCGCCAUUUUGUUGGUGUGGUUCACUCACCGCCGAUAUUUCCAGAUUACGACCAUUUUGAAAAAAUAGUUAACAAAUUCCUGGAAUCUCCACCAUUUAACUACACCAAUCCUUAUAAACAUCUUAAAGUCAUGAAACAGAUAAAGCCAGAAGCUGCCUAUUUAUAUGAUGCUGUUUGGUUAUACGCCAAGGCGGUGGAUAAAAUCCUUUCGUCAAACGGAGAUAUAAAUAAUGGAGAACUAAUCAUAAACAGUAUCAAGGGAAUGACAUAUAGAAGUGCCAUGGGAUACAUCAGUAGAAUAAAUGCCGUUGGUGACGCCGAAGGGAACUUCUCUCUGGUUGCUAGGCGACCAGUUCAGGGCGUACCAGGGGAAUGGGGACUCUUGCCUAUUGGCGUGUUCCGUUUAAGCGAAAAUCUGACUGAGUUACCAUCGUUCCACUAUUACGAUGGGGAAACUAUAAAAUGGAUAGCCGGUUCCCCACCAGUAGAUGAACCAGCCUGUGGUUAUAGACAUGAAAAAUGUAUUCCACCAAAAACGUAUACAAGAGAAGUGUUAGGUGGUGUUGCUGGUGGUGUUAUGUUAGUAACAGCUAUUAUUGGUUACUUAAUAUACAGAAACUGGAGGUAUGAACAAGAUCUGGCUAGUCUUCUAUGGAAGAUAGAAUACAAAGAUUUAAGUUUUGGUGAUCAUUACAUGCAAACAUUCCAUGGUGGUCGCUCAAAACCCAAUGGAUUAAGUAAAACGGCCAGUCAAAUCUCGUUGAUUUCCCAAGUUGACUUAGAUCUAAGACAACUGUUUACGCAUGUCGGAACAUACAGAGGAACUAUAGUAGCUAUAAGAAUCGUUAACAAAAAACACGUGGAGUUAACUCGGAAUGUGAGGAAAGAAUUGAAAAUCAUGCGUGAACUACGUCAUGAUAAUAUUAUACCAUUUAUUGGUGCGUGUAUUGAUUCGCCUAAUAUACUGGUUAUAACUGCUUAUUGUGGAAAGGGAAGUCUUCAGGAUAUCUUAGAGAAUGAAGAUUUACAGCUUGAUUCCAUGUUUAUUGCAUCUUUGGUAUUUGAUAUGAUUAGGGGAAUGAUGUAUUUACACAGCAGUGAGAUUAAAUCACACGGGAAAUUAAAAUCUUCGAAUUGUGUAGUCGACAGCCGAUGGGUUUUAAAGAUAGCCGACUUUGGUCUUCAUGAAUUUUUAUCGGGUCAAGAAGAGGAUCUGGGGGAAUAUGCCAUGUAUAGAAAUUUAUUGUGGAGAGCACCAGAACUGUUACGGUCAAAAACUACAGUUCACCGAGGAACACAGGAAGGCGAUGUGUACUCUUUUGGUAUAAUAAUGUUUGAGAUACAAGGAAGAAUGGGUCCUUUUGGUAACAUCGACCUUUCACCUAAAGAAAUAAUAGAACGGGUGAAGUUUCCUAAUGAAGAUAUAGCAUUUCGACCACGUCUCUCCGAGCUAAGUUCUACUCCAAAAUUCAUCACAGAUGUCAUCAAAGAAUGCUGGGAUGAAGAUCCUAUCAAGCGUCCAGACUUCGCUAUUAUACGAUCGAAGUUGAAACCAAUGCAGAAAGGCAUGAAAGCUAAUAUCUUUGAUAACAUGCUGGCCAUAAUGGAAAAAUACGCUGACAGCCUUGAAGCUUUGGUAGAAGACAGAACAGAUCAAUUAAUACAAGAAAAGAAAAAAACAGAAGAAUUAUUACAUCAAAUGCUGCCAAGUUCUGUAGCUGAUCAGUUGAUGUCUGGUAAACAAGUUGAAGCAGAAGCCUUUGAAUCUGUAACAAUCUAUUUUAGUGAUAUUUGUGGUUUUACUGCCAUGUCGUCAGAGAGUACACCGAUGCAGGUUGUUGGUCUACUUAAUGAUCUGUAUACACUGUUCGAUUCGAUCAUAGAAUAUUAUGAUGUAUAUAAAGUAGAGACAAUUGGUGAUGCUUACAUGGUAGUCAGUGGAUUACCUAAACCAAACGGCAUUAAUCACGCAGGGGAGAUUGCAUCCAUGUCCUUACACUUACUGGAAGCUAUUGGCAAAUUCAAGAUUCGUCAUAGACCCGAUGAUAAAUUAAAAUUACGGAUUGGGGUUCAUUCUGGAACAUGCGUUGCCGGUGUAGUUGGAUUGAAGAUGCCCAGGUUUUGUUUAUUCGGUGAUACUGUAAAUACUGCAUCUAGAAUGGAAUCACACGGAGAAGCCUUAAAGAUUCACUGUUCGCAACAAGUCAAGGAUCAUCUGGAUAACAUUGGUGGUUAUGAUGUCAUGGAGAGGGGUGUCGUUAAUAUGAAGGGAAAAGGGGAACAGAUAACAUACUGGAUAGUUGGUGAAGAUAUUGAGAAACGUCGUAGACGAUUCCAGAAUGUUACACAUUCCUCGGCUGUUCCCUUCUUUAUUGGCGGAUCUUUCCAAAAAAGGAGAAUUCGAGAUAAACGACUCAGUGGUGGACUGGAUUCAAGGGAGGACUCACCGGACGUUCAGCGUUCGGACAAAAUGGCCUGUAACGGUAGCUUGACGGGCACUCCAUCGGGAUCCAAUCUAUUACAACCUAACGGAUUUUUUGUCGGACCGAGCAGUGCUGAGCUAUUACGACGCUCGUCAUCAAGGCGGCGUCGUUUAAAAUUUACGAUAGGUGGAGACGAUGAACCACACGAUGCUAAGGCUGACUAUUACAAAGCGAACUGUCAUGUGAUUGAAUCAACUCCUUUAAUUAGUAGAAAAUGUGAUGAGGGAGAAGAAAAUAUGACGUAUCCACCCAAGUGUACGAGCUGUGUUUAGUGUGAUACAUUUACGUCACAUUGUUCAGCCUUAUUUUAAAUAACCUCAACUAAAUCUCCAUCGUACUGCACUUUAAUAAGUCACAUUAACUAUUCGUAUACAAUAAUGACAAUCUUAAUCAUAUGAAAAGCAAAUAAAUGAGGGGCGUUUAUAUCUUACCCUUUCAAUCAGAGAGACCGUACUUAUAUUGUAAAUAAUGCUUUACAUUCCACUGUUCUUAUAUUCUUAUAGCUUGAGUUUAUUUCACUCACAUUCUUUUAACUUAAGUUUAUUUCACAAAUUAAACAACCAUCGAUGAGCUCUUUACAAUUAGCAUCGUUACAGAUUCAUUUUGUGAUAAUUGGGGGAUUUGAUAGCCGAAUGGUUAAUGCAUGCUCGUUGAAUCAUGAGGUCUGUCAUUGAGUCAUGUGGUGUGAGUUUGAAUCUCCGCGUUUAUGCGGCAAGGCUUAAAGUCGCCUGUCCAACUGUAUGCGUUUUCUCCGGGUCCACUGCUAAAGACCCCUACGUGCAAGCGAUUUAUUGAAAUUAAUUGAACCUUAUGUUAGUCCCGAAAUAACCUAGUUUGUGUAUGUGUUUCUAUUUCAAUUUAAGAUUAAUUUUAUGACUGAAAUGAUUAAACAUACAUUAUGCAAGAGCUGAAUCUGUCUAUUGCAGGUCUUUCGUUAGGUCUGAAAUGUUAUCUAAAUUAUUAAUUAGACAUUAAUUAACCUAUCCAAACCCUAAUCAACUCUAGAUGGCAUCGCUAGCCUGCGAUCUAUAAUGGAUUGUGAGCCGAUUUACUGCAUAACUUUCCUUCACGAUUGAAUAAUCGAGACUAUGCUGUUUAUCGUACUGACUUUAGUAAUGAUGAUCAAGGCUAGCCGGAAAUUUCAACCUCUUAGUUCUCGGUUCAUAGUAGAUCAAUUUGAAUGAAAUUUUCAGCAAAUUGCCUUUACAUUAUCUAGUUUUAACUAUUAUAGUGAGAACUGCCAACUCGUUAUCGAAUCUCCCAUAAUGUAUCUUUAAUUAACUUAUCCAGACCAUAAUCAACUCUCGAUGUCAUCGCUAGACUGCGAUGUUUAUUGAAUUAGGUCCCGAUUUGCUGUUCGACUUUCAUUCAAGAUUUAAUCAUGAAAUGGAUAAUCGAGACGAUGUUAUUUAUCGCAUCGGCUUUAGUAAUGAUGAUCGAGGCUAGCCCGAAAACUCAAUCGCUAAAAUCUCGGUUCAGAGUGGAUCACUUUGACUGAAAUUUUCAGAAAAUUCCCUUUACAUUAUCUAGUUUUUAACUAUUAUAGUGAGAACUACCAGCUCUUUAUCUCAUCUCCCAUAAUGUAUCUUUAAUUAUUGACAGUAUUGUAUAAUAGAAGUUACGUAAGUUAUUAUAAAAUACAGCGCAUCAGGUGACAGAAUCGACAGAAGAAAAUAAAGGUACUAAUUAUCAUAAAUCCAAGCACUGGUCUACUUAUAAUAAGAUAUUUAUAACGAGUUUUCAUUGAGCAGCUUGAAACUACUAAAUAUAUUAGUACCACUCUUUUAUUGCACUUUAAAACAUACAAUCUAACUUGUUACUGUAGUUUUAGCUUAGUGUCUCUUAAACCCAUUUCAUUAUAGUUUGAAUCGUUGGAGGAUAAUAACAAUACUUUUUACUUUAAUUCUUGUAAUUCUUACAUUCUAAAAUAGUGGUUUGAUAAACCAUGGGUAUAAUAAAAAUAUUUUUGCUAUUAUUUUAAUUCUAGUAAUAUUAGAAAUUGCCUUCUUAAAGAGCUGUUUGAUAAUCAGAGUAGUUACCUAUUAACUGUUCCUAUAAUUUGAGUAUUAAACAUUCGAUACUGUAUAAUACUUUGCUUUAUAUUAAUAUCUUUAAAGGAGGCAUAUCAAUGGGAUUGUUUAUAAACGUUGUUUUUUUUUUCAUUCAGAUAGCUUCUGAUUAAAGAUUGGGGUAGAGGCAGGGCCUAUUUGUAAAACCCUUUCCUAAUGAUUUACAAAAUAUCGGUGUUUUAUAUGUAGUUUGUGUUCCCACUUUGCAACCAACGUUAUUAAAUAUGUACAGAAUAAAAUGAAUUUUUGUAAAGUAAUAAGACAAUAUCUUCAUACUAUAUUUACACAUGUCGAUCACAAAAAUAUAUAUUUCAUAAUUCCAUAUUAUAUUAAAACUUAUACCCCCUAGCCCAUGACCAGCCGACUGGAGACAUUGUUCCUCUGGGUAUACUGUAGGCAAUAAUUGUAAGUACGAAUGAAACCCUAUUAAAUCUACAGACCAUGAUCGGUUAAUACCCAAGUAAUAGAAUUAAUAAACUCUGGCAUUUGACUUGUAUAUGAGUUAAAAUGCGUUGUUAAUUGUAAUGUUUAAUUUUUGUUUGUAUUAUAUACAUUUUUAUUUGUAUACAGAUGUUAUCAUUUGUUAUUAUAACAACAUACCUGUUAUUCAUGGUUAUAACAUAUGAGUUAUAUUGUAAUAUAUGAAUUAAUAAUUGUAAUAUACGAGUUAUUGUAAUAUACGAGUUUCAUGUAAUUAAAUGUUAUAUUAAAUUUAAUUAA